AUGCUGUCCCGGUCUGUCCGCCUGGGCGCUGCUGCCCGGGGGAUUUGGUCGAAAAAAUCCAGCUUGUCCAUGAGGACCCCUAGCCGCCUCUUCUCGAUAACGCCCUCCCGCUGCAGCUCCGAUGACAAAGACAAGGCGUCGGGCCUUAACAAGAUCUCAUCCAACAUCACCCAACCCAAGUCACAGGGAGCUUCGCAAGCCAUGCUGUACGCCACUGGCCUGAGCGAGGAGGACAUGAACAAGGCCCAGGUGGGUAUCUCGUCGGUGUGGUACGAGGGUAACCCGUGCAACAUGCACCUGAUGGAUCUGUCUGGGCUGGUGGCCAAGUCCGUGCGCGACGCCGGUCUCAUCAGCUACCGCUUCAACACCAUCGGUGUCAGCGACGGUAUCUCCAUGGGCACGACGGGUAUGCGCUAUUCCCUGCAGAGCCGCGAGAUCAUUGCCGACAGCAUCGAGACUGUCAUGCAGGGUCAGUGGUACGACGGAAACGUCAGCUUGCCUGGCUGUGACAAGAACAUGCCCGGCGUGGCCAUCGCCAUGGGCCGUGUCAACCGUCCCAGCAUCAUGGUGUACGGUGGUACCAUCGCUCCUGGAUGCAGCAAGAAGGGCGAGACCAUCGACAUCGUCUCUGCUUUCCAGUCGUACGGACAGUACAUCACCGGACAGAUCACCGAGGAGGAGCGUUUCGACAUCAUCCGCAACGCCUGCCCCGGCGGCGGCGCCUGCGGAGGCAUGUACACGGCCAACACCAUGGCCACGGCCAUCGAGACCCUCGGUCUCACCCUCCCCGGCAGCAGCAGCAACCCUGCCGAGCACCCGUCCAAGAAGGCCGAGUGUGCCCUCGUCGGUCCCGCCAUGCGCAACAUCCUCAAGGAGGACAUCCGCCCCUCAGACAUCAUGACCCGCCAGGCCUUUGAGAACGCCAUGGUGGUCGUCACCAUCCUGGGCGGCAGCACCAACGCCGUCCUGCACCUCAUCGCCAUCGCCCACUCCGUCGGCAUCAAGCUCACUAUUGAUGACUUCCAGGCCGUCACCGACCGCACCCCCUUCCUCGCCGACCUCAAGCCUUCGGGCAAGUACGUCAUGGCCGACAUGCACCGCAUCGGCGGCACGCCCGGCCUGCUCAAGUACCUGUUGAAGGAGGGCCUGAUCAAGGGCGACGGCAUCACCGUCACCGGUAAGACCAUGAAGGAGAACGUCGAGUCUGCCCCCGACAUGCCCAAGGACCAGGACAUCCUGCGUCCCCUGAACAACCCCAUCAAGAAGACGGGCCACCUGGCCAUCAUGCGCGGCUCGCUCGCCCCCGGUGGCUGCGUCGGCAAGAUCACCGGCAAGGAGGGCACGCGCUUCGAGGGCAAGGCCCGCGUCUACAACUCGGAACCCGACUUCAUCACCAGCCUCGAGAACGGCGAGAUCAAGAAGGGCGAGAACACCGUCGUCAUUAUCCGCUACGACGGCCCCAAGGGUGGUCCCGGCAUGCCCGAGAUGCUCAAGCCCUCGUCCGCCAUCAUGGGUGCCGGUCUGGGCAAGGACGUCGCCCUCAUCACCGAUGGUCGCUUCUCCGGCGGUUCCCACGGCUUCAUCAUCGGCCACGUCGUCCCCGAGGCCAUCGAGGGUGGUCCCAUCGGUCUCGUCGAGGAUGGCGACCGCAUCGUCAUUGACGCCGAGAAGCGUGUCGUCGAUCUCGAGGUGCCCGAGGAGGAGAUGGCCAGGCGCAGGGCCGCCUGGGUUAAACCCCCUCUGCGUUACAACCGCGGUACUCUCAAGAAGUACGCUAGCCUCGUCAGCGAUGCCAGCUCUGGCUGUGUCACCGACGGCAAGCUCGAGGAGUGA